CUCUUUUAAUUUUUUUCUUUUGCUAAAUUCUAUCAUUAUCCCCAUUUUGCCUUUUUACAAAAUGGUUCAGCUCGAACCCUUCGCUGUGGAGCAUGUAAAUUCAAAUAUUCCCUAACCAUGCCCUCUCCGGUAAACUCAAUAAGCUGAUAAAAAUAAGUGGAUGGAUGCCCAUGAGACGACAGCCAAGUACAACAUUGCCGAAACGUGCAGUUCUUCAGUGUCCAUUCAAGAUCUGAGAGCCAUUUCCGGAGAUACAACUACCGACUUGGCUGAAGUUCUCUUCCAACGGAAACUCACAUACGGACCCAUUCCUGGCUCUGAAGAGCUACGUUCCAAUGUUGCGAACCUCUAUGCGGAUGCCCAGUCUUCAGCAUUACAUCUGGAUCAAGUGCUGAUCUCUUCUGGUGCCAUUUCUGCUAAUUUUCUCGUCUUGUAUUCGCUCGUGGGCAAGGGAGACCACGUUAUUUGUCACUAUCCUACAUAUCAACAGCUGUACUCGAUUCCUGCCAGCUCUGGCGCAGAGGUCUCUCUCUGGAAAGCAAACCCAGAAAAAGGAUGGGCGGUGGACAUUGAGGAGCUCAAGCGCCUUAUUAAGCCGAAUACAAAGCUUAUUAUUAUCAACAAUCCCCAAAACCCAACUGGUGCUGUGCUCUCUCGGUCACAGCUUGCUGAUAUUGUCGAAGUUGCUAGCAAGCAAAAUAUCACCGUCUUUGCGGAUGAGGUCUAUCGACCCCUAUUUCACUCACUUUCCCCAGCCGGCUCGGAAAUCCCGCCCUCGAUUCUUUCCAUGGGCUACCCUAACACAGUCGCCACCGGAUCUCUCUCGAAAGCUUACUCACUUGCCGGUGUCCGGGUCGGCUGGAUUGCUUCCCGUAAUCCCGACAUCAUAAAAGCCUGCGCAACGGCGAGGGGUUACACGACUAUUUCUGUCAGUCAACUUGAUGACAGAAUUGCGACUUGGACUUUGAGCAAGCCAGUCGUAGAGAAACUAUUGGAACGAAACCUUCGCCUUGCACGAACAAAUCUUGCCAUUCUCGAAGAAUUCAUGAACAGACACACAGACUGCUGCGAGUGGGUCAAACCUGUUGCCGGCACUACCGGGUUUGUUCGGUUCCAUAAGAACGGAAAGCCCGUCAAUGGUGUCCAAUUCUGCGAGACACUGCAAGAUCGCAAGGGUGUCAUGCUUUGCCCAGGAGCCCACUGCUUUGGUGAGGAAUUUCAGGGAUAUGUUCGAAUCGGAUAUGUGAGUGAGACGGAGGUAUUACAAGAGGGAUUGAAGGAGCUGGAUGCUUUUCUCAAAGACGACUUUCAAACUUUGUUCUAAUUUAGAAAGUCGAUGCCGCUCAAGCAUAUUUUGAAAUAUUGGUUUGUAUUCAUGCAUUAUUUAUAUAGAUAGAUCCUGUCAAACUGUGACAUUAUCUCGAGAG